AUGAUGUGGCGGCACUUCUUCUUAGUCCCCCUGGCGUGGAUCGGUACCAUACCACGCCCCGCUCAAGCGACCCCCGGCGACGCCCCUGCAAAUUUUCGCUGGUUGGAUGCGUCUCAGUGGCUCACUCCUCAUUCAUACAAGUGUUCAGAGCUCCUAAGCAUAGUAGCCAAGGGACUCGUCGACGCUGGCGAAGGGCCUCCGUGGAGCCCAGAGUUGAGGCUUGCCCGCCGCAAGGUCCGUGACGACUUUCGCGCUGCUUUUGCGUCGUACCCAAAGACCAGUCCACUGGGUACAGAGCAGCUGCAUCUUCUGAUGGAGGAGCUCGACAAGUAUUUCUUCUUCGGGGCUCUAACCCAAGGCAUGGAACCUCUUGUCGAUCUCGAGGUGGUCGGAGGGUUGAGUGCUCCCCAGCGAUUAGUUGGCGUAGGGCGUACGGUGCUCGAUGUCAGAAAUGCUCGCGUCAAAAUUUUAAUCCCUCGGAAGUUUGAAGAACGUCGUGAUCCAUACGAGCAAGUAACUUCUCUGUUGAAAGAGAUGGCCCACAGCUUUAUGUUCUUUUACUGGAAACCCAGUGUUGACCAAAAAGAGAAGGAGGCUUUCUGGGGUUAUAACGGCCGAGGAUAUGGCCCUGCGGUCUGGGACUUGUUCCGACUGAUGUCGAGAGAGCUCAAAGACUUCGACACUGCCUUACAUUCUCUUGCGGAGUCUUCCUCAAGUGCUAACCAAGAGAAAGACGCGGAUGCGCUACGGGUGGCGUUAACCGAAUCUAAAUCCGAUCCGACAUUUUUCGUGCCCAUGUUACUUUGCAUAUUCAUCUUGGCGGAACAGCUCCAAAGAUUUUCCUGGUUCAGGGAGCGAGAUUGGUAUGGAAUUAUAUAUGUAACUUUUGUCGUGGUCAUCAUUGCACACCAGGUCAGGGGUGCACUGGAUUGGUUUCCAUAG